GCUCGUGAACACAGGGAGCUGAUGACACUGCGGAAGUGUCAUGGCGCCUCUCGUCAUGCAGUAGCAGACUCGGCAUACUCACUGAACAACUUAGAAAAACUCUUCAGGAUUGAGUUUUGGAUCAUUAUGUGUUAAAGACAGCCCAGGAAUCAUAAGGUCGGUGUCCGGAGGAGCAGGGUAUGUCCAUAAAUAAACCUGUCAGUGUUAAAGUUCAUCAUGUCAGAGUGAUAUCCAUGUAGACAUGUUUUGAUUUGGACACGUGUUCCUGAAUUUUUCUGAUUUUUAGGAAAAAUUUAUUAAAUAUCACAUGUUAAAGUCCUGAAAUUGAUAAAUUAAACAAAUUAAUCUCAUUGGAUGUUAACUAAAAUUAGUUGACAUUUGUUUUUGUCAUUAGUAGCUUUGUUGUGAUGCAACAGCAGAGGCUCGUUUAGAAAUUAGAAAGGAAAUAAUUGAUGUUUCUUUUCUUGCAUAAUAAGAAAUAAUAGACAAUCUUAAAAUGGCUCAUCUUACCCCACUCUCCCCUACAUGCUGUAAAGAGUGUCAACUCAGGAAAUACAUGAAAAAUUAGAAAGAAACUUGAUUGUUUGGUGAAAAGCUGUUUAUUUUUCAAUGCUGGAGAAGUGAUGAUAUCUAUAAUCUCAUUUAGCCAGCUGUUUGCAAACAAUGAUGGCUGUCUCUGUAACUACAUUAUAGAUAAUGAUGUGAUUGAAGUGACUAAAGACAUCAAAGUUGCAGUGAUUAAAACUUUCAUCGACAAUCAGACCAUAAGGGAUGUAUAAUGAAGCUAAACUACUUAAAAGAUUUGGAUCAUGUACAGCAUUUUUUUUCAAAGUUUGCAAUGAUGCUUUUGUUGUUAUGAAAAAUCACUUCAGAUAAAAGUAAAGAUACGUAAUUAUUUCAAGUCUUGUUCAGGGUCUUUCUUUCUUUCUUUAGAGAAAAUCCAGUUCAGGAUGGCAGAUUCAGGCUCAAAUGACCCCAGUGGUCAACGUGCGCAAACUCCAGGAGGGAGCAGUACGGGGAUGCUGACAGGCCGCCGACCAGGUGGAGCUGUGACACCCGGACGUUUUCCCGGGAUGAGAUCCAGAGACCUCACCCUGGGGGGAGUUAAGAAGGUAAAAUAUGUCAAUGUCAGAGUAAGGUGGGAAAGGUUAUUUUAUAUUAUAGAUAUCAUAGAUUGUGUGGGAUAGAUUUCCAGAUUGUUGCCUGAUUUUAUGACUGUUUGCUUACUGAUGAAAUUUUUUGUUUUGUUUUAUUUCUUUAGAAAACUUUCACACCCAACAUUAUUGGCCGAAAAGUCAAAGACGAGUAAGUUUGUUGUUGGUGGUAAUGAGAUUAAAAUAUGGCAAAUAAACUGUUUUUCUUUCUGGUUGUUAACUAUUAAAUGUAUCUGUCAUUCUAGUGCAAAAGCUGAAGGUGAGCAGAGAAGAGACAAGAGGAACGAGGGCCGAGGUCGGGGCCCCAGAGACAGAGGUAGAGGCCGGGGCCGAGGCCAAGAGAUCAUCCAGUCUCACUCUAUUUUUGAACAGGGGCCUGCGGAGAUGAUGCUGAAAAAGAGAGGUAAGAGUUCAGCUCAUCAGCUUUUCACUUUGUACUCCUGUACUCUCCUUUGUGGGAACUUUAUCUUUAAUGUACAACAAUAUCGUUAGAGUAAGUCAUGCAUCACUUACAGGUGGGUAUGAGAAUGAGAGAGAGGCUCCGAUUGUGGGACCGUCACCCAUCAUCAAUAUUAAGAAGGAGAAGAGAGAGACUGAGGAGGAAACCAAAGAGAUCCUGCGCAGUUUAGAGCGAGAUAAUGUAAGUCCCACUCGUUUGCCACUUUCGGUUAAACUAGAAAGGGUUCAGACAAAUUAAAAAUAUUGCUAUUCUCAGUUAUGUGACACAAUAUGAUAUGAUGUAGUGCUUUAUUCAGAUUUCUCCUCCGAUUUGGCUCAUUGCAUCACUUCUUCGUGACUCCACGUGGUGGUGCUAAUAACAUUUAUUUGCUCCUGACCUCUAGGGGGCAUUGUAUUCUCCAGUUAAUCAGAUAUUUAUGUGUAUCAAUAUACAGUUCAUCAUUUGUUGCAGAGUCACCAUAUUAUGAUAUGAUUGUAGGUAAUUUACCAUAUUUGGUACUGUGAGUCUAUGUGUGAUUCCCAUCUCUGAAACUAGGUGUGUGAGCAAUACUUCAAAGUUUACAAUAUCCUCCAUAUUAGAGUAACAAUCACAUAUAAUGAGAAAUAGAGAGCCCACCUCAUUGCUAUGGAUCUUGCAGAUAACAGUGGCUAAAUUAAAAUGUUUUUAGGCCAGACUUACAGUAGAUCUUCACCAAAACCACCAGAAAGUGAUGGUUUUGGAUUUAACUGACCAUAUAAUCGGCUUUCUUCAGUUCAUAGAUGAUCCUUUCCUGAGGAGUGAGCAGAGCAGCUGCCCUGUCCAGCUCCCCCUUGCUGUGUCAGGAUGGGGAUUCAAGGAAGAAUUUAGCACACCUGCUGUUAAAAUAGAGAAAAUCGAUGAGGAUGAUGAGCCCAUGGAGCCUGUGGUGGAAGGUAACAUUGAGAUAACGUCCUGAGAAUAGUUUGCAGCUUCAAAUAUUUCUGACAGUUUCUGAAGUCAACGCCUUGCUCUUCUCAGUGAAACAGGAGCCGGUGGAGGUUGAUGUAAAGAAGUCAGAGGCAGCAUACAGGCCUCCUCCUCUCCCAGAGCCCGAGGUUUUACCUGACCUGCUGCACAGGUGGAGUCUGAGCAAAGGGGAAGAGCUUUUCUUCAUGCAGCUGCCAGACUCGCUGCCUGGUCAGCCCCCCACCAAAGAGCACAGACCUGUGAAAACAGAGGUGCAGACGGAGGACGGACAGUCAGUGCUGCUGAAAACUGAAACUCAGGUUCGAAAUGUGUCAAACUGAACUUGCAACACAAUGGUAAUGACAUCAUGUGUAUAAAUGUUUUUUGUUGUUUUAAUUUAAACAGGAGGAGGAGGAAGACAACAGCUGCAAUCUGAAGGACUUACAAGAGGGUCUUGUGGGAAAGAUGCUGGUGCGGAAGUCUGGACGGGUCCAGCUCAUACUGGGACAGGUGACACUGGACGUGUCUCUAGGAACAUCGUGCUCUUUCCUCCAGGUGGGAUAGCUAUGUAUAUCUGGCACCAUGUUAUGUUUGCCUAUUUUAUCUCGUAUUCUCUUCUUCUUUUUGAGUUUCCAAAUUGAAUCUGAAUUAUUUACAUUUAUGGCACACUUUUCUCUUCUUCUCUUCUUCAGGAGCUGGUCUCUGUCAACACAGAGGGAAGAACAGGUGACAUGACUGUUUUAGGGAACAUCAAACACAGAAUGGUUUGCUCCCCAGACUUCGAGGCUCUCCUGGAGAGCAGUGCGUAAUGCUCAUGAAGCUUGAUAAGUGGAUGCACUUGUGGUAGGUUAUGCUAACUAAGUUGUGAACUGUUCCUAUGGACUCAUGGCAACCAAACAUCAAAUAAGAGGCCACUGUUUUUGGUUUACUUUCUUUUGUUUGUUUACAAAGUGGCAGUAAUAUCAUCAAAAUACACUAUAUUUAAAUAGGAAUUUAUUUUUUUUGUGAAGGAUUAUUAAUGGAGAGUGUAAAGGUCGAAUGCUGUGCCAAAUAUCUGUUAUUUUUUAUUUCUCUGUAUCUGAAAAUACAGUAUUUGGGGGAAAAAACAUUGAUGUAUGUACUGUAUGUGUGUGAAUAAACAUGAGUUUUGUUAUUCAAGUA